AUGCAAAUGUUGAAAUAAUAAAGUGGGAAAUUUUUGGGUAUACUUUGGUUUUAUUUUCGGGUCUUUUGCUUAUGAUUGGAACCAUAACGAAAUAUCGUCGAUUGAUCUUACCAUGGUUGAUUAUAACAGUUUAUGGAAUUCUAUUUUUAGCUGGUUACAGUAUUUACAUUAUAAUAGCUUGUUUUCAUGAAAUACGAUUUGAUAGCAUAUUUGGCAAUUUUGUUUAUUUCAUUGGGAUGGGUAUUCUCUUUAUAACUGGACUUUGUACUUACACAUGGAUUGGAAUUCUGUCAUUAUAUUUGAACUAUCAAAAAGAAAAUCAAACACCUGAAACUGAAGUUGAGGCUGUUACAGAAACACUUCAUCUGCACCAGCAAACUAAUACAGUUGAUAAAUCUUUGUAUCAACAAAAAUCUCCUGAAAGUUACUUGUGAAAAAAAUAAUGAGAUAAAAUAAUGAAUAUAUU